AUGUGUGAGGACUAUAAUCGAGGUCGUCAAUACCUCUGUGACCUGGCCAGUCGGGAAGGCAUACCACUCUUUGACGACAUCCAGGAAGCAGCCAACUGUUUCCUGCUCUCCAGUCUGUCAUGGCUGUGUUUGGCUGGCUUCAUGAACAUUUUCUUCCGGUCCCAGAUGAUAUGGAACGUACAACUGUACGGCGGGCUGCUACUCUUCUGUGCCUUUGUCCUCUACGACACCCAGCUCAUCAUUGAGAAAGUACGCCAUGGCGACGACGACUACAUCUGGCAGAGCGUUGACCUCUUCCUGGACUUUAUCAACAUCUUCCGUCGCCUUAUGAUCAUCCUUGCUUCCAAGGAAGAGGGAAGAAAAAGAGGGCGUGACUAGAGCAACUGAUAUUGGAAGAGUAAAGGCCUUUUAACACAGAGGAAAUUUCCAUGAAGUGUGGCU